UCCUACACGCAUCUCCCGUCGGCCUUGCCCACCCAAACAAGAAGCCCAACAGAGCCGCCGUUUCCCAAAUCCAAACCAGCCCAAAGCUGACGCGACCAAGCAAACGCGAUGAGGGCCAAAACCGCUACCGCGCCUCGCUCGCGCCCAGACGCGGCGGCGCCCCUGCACCUCGUCUUCGUGCCGUUCCUCGCGCGCAGCCACUUCGCCCCGCUGGCGGCCGCCGCCGCCGCCGCGGCCACAUGCGGCGGCAAUGGCACCACCAGCGCGGUCAUCAUCACCACGCCCCACUUCGCGGCCCUCGCGCCGCCCUCCGUUCUGGUCCGCAUGGUGCCGCUCCGCUUCCCGGGCGGACACGCGGACUUCUCCCUCCUCCCGGACGAAGCAUCCGCGGCGGCGUUCUUCGCCGCCGCUGAGGACGCGCUGGCUCCGGCUCUCGCGGAGACCAUCCUCAACAACUCAUACAGGCCCGUGGCCGUCGUCUCGGACUCCGUGCUCCACUGGGCGCCCCGCGUCGCCCGCCGGUGCGGCGUCCCGCACGUGACGUUCCACACCAUCGGGGCCUUCGCGGCGGCGUCCAUGAUCGCGGUACACCUCCACGGCCCCGAGGCCUUGUCGGACCCCGCCGUCGUCCCCGGCGGCUUCCCUAGCCCCGCGAAGCUCCACGGGGUCCACGUCAACGAGGAGGCUCUGGCGCACCUCCCCCUGUUCCGCGCGGCCGAGGCCAAGAGCUACGCCGUCGCCUUCAACAGCUUCGCGGCGCUCGAGGCCGACUUCGCCGAAUACUACCGAACCGUCGAUGGCUCUUCCAAGAAGGUGUUCCUCGUCGGUCCCAGACGCCCCGGCACCCCGCGCAGCGAAGCCGCUGCCGGCGGCGCACAACGAGACCCCAUCCUGCGGUGGCUGGACGGCCAGGCGGCCGGGUCCGUAGUGUAUGCUUGCUUCGGCAGCACGUGCGGUCUGAGCGCGGACCAGCUGAAGGAGCUGGGCGCCGGCCUGCGCGCGUCCGGCGUGCCGUUCCUCUGGGUGAUCCCGACGCCGACGGAGGGUAUCGGCAUGGAGGAGCGCGCGUCCGGGCAUGGCAUGGUGGUGGCCGGGCGGUGGGCGCCGCAGGCGGAGAUCCUGGCGCACCGCGCGGUGGGCGGCUUCGUGAGCCACUGCGGCUGGAACUCGGUGCUGGACGCCGUCUGCGCCGGCGUGCCGCUAGCGACAUGGCCGCUGCGCGCCGAGCAGUUCCUCAACGAGGCGUUCCUCGUGGACGUGCUCCGCGUCGGCGUCCGGGUAAGGGAGGUGGCCAGUAAGGAGGACGUGGAGGCAGUGGUGCCGGCCGACGCGGUGGCGACCGCCGUGGGAAAGCUUGUCGGUGACAGUGAGGAUGAUGAGGCGGCGGCUAGGAGGGCGAGGGUGCGGGAGCUCGGCGUCGCGGCGCGUGCUGCCAUGGCUGAAGGUGGGUCGUCGUGCAGUGACUGGGCACGGCUCGUGGGUGAGCUCAGGGCGUUACACGGUCACGAGUGACAAUGUUGCACGGACUGGCAAGUGAUGGCCGGUUAGUGCCGCCCGAAGCAUGAUGCGUAGAACGUGCCUGGACAUGGAAGCUAUAGAUCGAUAAUAAGCGAGAGCUAAAUACGCCACACUAAUCCUAUUACUUAUUUUCUCUGUACAUUUUAGUUCCAGUUCCUGCAAAAUGGGAUGGAGAGUGACAAUGGCGCACUUCUGAUCUUGGUUGCGUAUAUGCUCCUUUUAUUGAAAAAAAAUCAAAAUUUAUUAUUGUUAGAAAAUCCUGAAAAAUAAUAAGUACUUGUAUAUCUCCA